AUGGGGAGACCUCCGCAGCGUCCUAGAGAGGCAGGGGAAGGUGCUCCCUGCAGGGAGGGAGCGAAGCACGCACGCACACCUCGCCUGCUCUCGGCCGGGGCUCCUGGGCCUCACUUCCGGCGGCGGGCAGUGCCAUGGUCCUCUCCGGGCUCGGUAGGUUCAUGCUACAAUGAAGAAAUGGCAGCCCUCCAAGCAGCAGAGUCCCUUCCUGGCUCAGCUUCUCUCAGCUGUUCAUCACUUGAGACACAACAUGUUGACAGAACGGUGCUCCACGGCUUCCAUGAAUCACAAUCCACUCCAUCUGCUCCCAAGGUUCCCACACUUCUCCUGAAGGGGAAUUCAGGAGAACAGGUGAUGGCAGCAGCACCCUUGACUCAGGAGUCGGUGAUGUUUGAGGAUAUGGCCAUGUAUCUCACACCAGAGGAGUGGGGGCAACCCGUCCCUACUCAGAGAGCCCUCUACAGGGAUAUGAUGCUGGAGAACUGCAGGAAUGACGUCUUAUUGGAUGAUGGGUCUGAGACUGAAAACAUGGAGUCUUUUUCAAACCUGGAAACUUCUGAAGAUGUUGAAUCAGAAGAGAAGUUAUCAUCUGAAUUCCCAAUAGCUCUUCCCCAAGAACCUGAUUUUGGAGAAGCACUUGACAGCGAACUCUAUACAUAUGAGAAGUGUAGGACUGCCUUCCGGUGGGGCUCACACCUUAUUCAACAUGAGCCAAUUCACAGGGAAGAAAAACCCUAUGAAUGUAAUGAUUGUGGGAAAGCUUUCAUGAGGAGUUCAGACCUUAUUCGUCAUCAGAGAACUCAUAGUGAAGAAAAACCCUAUGAAUGCAGUGAAUGUGGCAAAGCCUUUAGACAGAGCUCAGGUCUUAGUCAACAUCAGAGAAUUCAUAGUGAAGAGAAACCAUAUGAGUGCAACAUUUGUGGGAAAACCUUCAGGCAGAGUUCAGGCCUUAGUCAGCAUCAGAGAAUUCAUGGUGGGAUAAAACCUUAUGAAUGUAGUGAAUGUGGAAAAGCCUUUAGGUGCAACUCAGACCUAACUAAACACCAGGAAAUUCAUAGUGGACUAAAACCCUGUGAAUGUAAAGAAUGUGGGAAAGCCUUUAGGAGUACAUCAGACCUUAUUAAACAUCAGAGAAUUCAUAGUGGAGAGAAACCUUAUGAAUGUAAUGAAUGUGGGAAAGCCUUCAUGAGGAACUCAAGCCUUAUUAAGCAUCAGGGAAUCCAUACUGGAGUGAAACCCUAUGAAUGCAGUGAAUGUGGAAAAGCCUUCAGUCAGACAGCAGUCCUUAUUCAACACCAGAGAAUUCAUAGUGGGGAGAAACCAUAUGAAUGCAAUGAAUGUGGGAGAGCCUUCACCAGGAAAUCAGACCUUAUUGUUCAUCAAAGAAUUCAUACAGGAGAGAAACCUUAUAAAUGUAAUGUAUGCGGAAAAGCCUUUAGCCGAACCUCAGUUCUUAUUGAACAUCAGAGAAUUCAUACAGGAGAGAAACCUUUUGAAUGUAAUGAAUGUAGGAAAGCUUUCAAGAGGAGAUCAGACCUUAUUCAACAUCAGAGAAUUCAUAGAGGAGAAAAGUAUUAUGCAUGUGAUCAGUGUGGAAAAACCUUUACCCAAAGCUCAGGCCUUAUUCAUCAUCAGAGAAUUCAUAAUGGAGAGAAAUGUUUAUUAUGUAAUGAAUAUAGAAAAGAUUUUAGCUGGAACCCAGUAUUUACUGAGCAUCAUAUAAAAAUGCUAUGAAUAUAAUUAAUGUGGGAGAACUUUUAGCAGGCUUGUGACUGUUCUAUCUUGAUAUAUCAUAAUGGGACUAGGCUUUGGAGAUUUAUGAAUUUCUGGAAAUAGAAUCAUGUCUUUGUAACUCAUUUUAUAUAGCAUCAAGUCUAGUGCUACUUGCAGAUUGGCUCUUUAAUAAAGACCUUUUAUA